GUCAAACAAAACGCUCUAUGACAUGGAAUCCAAGAUGUUAAUAUAUGAUUUGUUUUCCUGGAUACCAAAAGAAUACAAUAAACUCUUAAGAAAAGCCGAUGAAUUGGUGAAGAUUGUGUCAAGGCUUGAAUGUUGGCCCAAUAUCUACGCCAUCUAUUUGAAAGAUUAUGGUCAAUUUGGCCCAAUCGAGUUCAUUAACACAUGUGUUCCUGAUUCAUAUUUGAUGGCCUUAUACAUUUGCUAUAUUCAUCAUGACCAUAUUGCAUCUCUUUUCAACUCUUUUGAAAAGCUGAGGGCACCUAUGGUCUUCUUAAGAGCUAGAAUGUAUAAUGAGGCCAAAGCAUCUUGGUUAUUUUGGUGUAACGUCACUGUGAAAAAUACUGAAAACUACAAGUAUGUAACAGAUGCUUGGAGUAACCCAAAUGAUCAUUUACACAUGUUUGAUGAACUUAUAGUGAGCAACAACAAUCUGAGCAGAUUUGAACGUCUUGGCAAUGUGCAUGCCCUGGGUUUCAGUGAUCUGCAUCCUUUGCUUAUUCUAGUGGAAAUAAAUCCGGCAAUGGAUACAGCGCCACCCCUAUACAUUGAUGACGAUUAUGACAGGUCUUUUGAACUUCAGUUUUUGCUGAUGACGAGGACAUCCCUCCCUAGUCAUUUGAUUGUGGGGUUAAACAUAUUUGAUCGAUGGGUUCUCUAUGAUAACUCAAAGUUACCAUAUGAUCCUUUUAACCCCAAGAAUGCUGAUUUUAGAGGAGAUUUCACCAUCCUGCUUAUUGCCUAUGUUAAUAUAGCACAAGAUCACCAUUACAGAGAAGUGCCAUUCGAACUUCGUGAAGAGAGACACUAUGGGACCAUUCCUUUUGAUUUGUCCCAUGGCUCUAACAACCAAAAGGAACACUCUGAUUGAGCACGUUUCAUGAUUUAAGUAAAUAAAAAAAUACAAAAUAAA